AUGGAACAACAGAAUAAUUCCACCAUUGCUGUUUUGGCACAUGCUGGACACACUACCAAUAAAAUUGUUAAGUUGUUGAAACUUCCAAAAGCAACAAUUUAUCAUGUGUAUAAGCAAUUUAAAGAAAGAAAGAUUGAUAGAAAAAAUGAUUCCAAGUGCAAUCCAAAGUUUCUCACUGGCCUCAAAUGCUCGAUUGAAGCCAACCCACCCACAUCAAUGACAACUCUUGCAAAGAAACACAAUGUAUCCCUUUCCACAGUGUUCAGAGCUGUGAACAAGAACCUGGGUAUGACUAGCUAUGUUCGUCACUGCUGUCACCUCCUAUCAACCAAGGCCAAAGCAAUCAGAGUCGAGAGAUGCCCAAAGUUUCUGUCAUCCAUCAAGCAUCAAGGUGAGGAAAAAAUUCUCAGAUUUGUGAAUGAGAAGUUCACUGUGGACACUGAGAUGAAUCACAGAAAUUCACAUAUGAUUGAUACAAUCCUUCUGACGUCCCCACUGUGUUUAAGACUAAGAAUCUUGCCUCUGUGA